AUGACCGCAGUGGCAAAAUGUCGAGCGCCUCAACAGGUGGUUCGUCAGGGUUUCCUUUGGUGCAUGGCAGCAAUUUAUUUAUUUGCUUUCACCUCGCUAUACAUACAAAUACCAGGUACGUGGACCCUUCCAAUGUUUUUGGUAUGAUGACUUAUAACUGUUCUGUACCCACUGAUGAGAGGAUACAGUGUACAUGUCGGUCCGCGAGUUUGUAACUGAGCGAUCGCUAGUCAAACGAUAACAACAGCAGCGAUUAAAUAUACUCUUCAGAUGUUUUUACCUAAAAUCUAUAAAAUGUAAAAAUUCAACUUGAUCAGUUUCAUUUGAUAACAUUCGUGUAAAAAUUACUGUUCAGAGUCAUUCAGGAUCUUUUACUGGAUUUUGAUUUUGAUCUUUAAGUGUUUACCGUUUAGCUACUACAAAUGUUUAACCUUAUUGUUACAGGUCUUUAUGGUCAUGAUGGAAUUCUUCCUGCUAGUUACAUAUUGCAUGACUGUAAGUUCACCUUACGUUGUUUAAUGUCAGCAUAAUUCUGACCAACACACUUUUUCAUACCUUACUUUCUUGAGCAGUGCCUUCUAUUGUUUCUUUCAAGACUAACCAGACUUUUGAAGCAGAUCAGAUAUUCCACUGAGACAGGGAUAGAAAUUUACAGUGAUAAAUAUCGGGAUCUCUUUUUAACAACAUUUGUCACUGGUUGUAAUCGAAAUUGCUUAUUAAGAUGACAGAUGAUGAUGUUGAUGAUGAUGAUGAUGAUGAUUAUCAUAUGAUGGGGAAAAGAGACGGAAUUGUGAAGCAUAUGAUGCAAUUUCCAUUGCAUAGUAAUGUUAUAGGAAACAAGAUGUGAUUACACUGUAAUAACUUACUUUUGAGUGACUGUUUGUUUGACUAUGUGCAACGUACCGCCGGUGUACAUUAUGUAUACUCUAUUGUACUCCAUUCAACAAAUUAUCAAUACCUUUCGGGUAAUGUAAAUUGCUAUGCUGUACAUUACCUGUACCUACAGUGAACCUUUUUAAUAUUGCAGUGUCAAUAUGUACAGAUAAGAGUUCCUCUUGUGGCCAGUGGGCAGCAGCCGGAGAAUGCAAGAAAAACUAUGGAUGGAUGAUUGAGAACUGCAUGAAGUCUUGCAACAUUUGCCACAGUAAGACUUAUAUAACAUGAGCAUGGAGCUAUAAAAUAAUAAUACAGCUGAAAUUACAGCUUCAUGCUAUGAUGGAUUUGAUAGCAUUGUUGUAUUGGCAGGAUAAGAAUUCUGUAUCUAGUUAUCCAUAAAAUUCAAAGCAGCUUUUAAUUAUUAGCCUGAUACCAGGCACAAUUUUUUUUUACUUUCUCUGUUACAUAGUCACUAGGAUUUUAUCUAGGUUGUUGUUCAAUUUUAUCCUUGGUUUAAAUUUUAUUUUCCUUUGUUUAUGAGAAUGUUAAGGUAUGAUGAAUUUAGAACAAAGGGAAAUAAAAUUUACAAAUGUAAACCCAGGAUAAAACUGAACCACAACAUUCACAUGUACUAAGUGAAUUGAAAAUAGAGCCUGAUCUCAAGUUGUAGCUUUAUUCCUCAUCUCUCAUAAAAAAGAAACAAUACUACAAUGUAGAAUAGGUGCCUUACAUCACUUUAAUGGUAACCUUUGUUUCAAAGCCAUCAGUCAAUAAAUUCAGAAUGGAGGAUGGCUAAGUGGUUUAGAGGACAAGAUUUCCACUUUGAGUCAUCUAGUAACCUCAUGUUCAACUACUUCCUCAUAGGCUAACCUCUAUCCUUUGAUGCAUUAACCCUUAAAUUAAAUGAAAAUUAAAAUAUUGAACCCAGUGUAAUCUCUGUAUAUUUCAUACUUGAUGAUAAUAAGCCAUUUGCAUGAUGGCAUCAUUUUACUACUAUGACCAGAAGCCUUCAGGGUUUUGCUUUCUCUUGGAAAUUAGAACUUUUGUCAUUUAAACCUCACUGGGAUUACCAAGUUUAAAAUAAUAUUGAAGGAAAAACGAAAAGGAGUCUGGUCAUAGAAGUAAAAUGACAUCAUCGUGCAAAUGGCCUGUUGUCAACUUACAACAUGACAUCCAGAAAAAAACAACAACAACAAUAAAAAAGCAGACAUGGCUGAACCCUUUUAACACUCUACUGUUGCUACCAUGUACAGGUACAGGCACUAAUAUGUUCACAUUUAAUUGACCUUUACCAUUUUGCUCCAUCCAGUCUGCAGUCCUCUUUGCACAAUUAGAGAUACAGUAAUACCAACAAAAUCUGUUGACUCUUAUUAUGCUCUUUUAGUUCUGGACACAUCUUUUACUUCACUAUUCCAGAAGACACCCACCCUUUUAUGGGUGACACCAUAUCUAGGACUAGACACACCCACUGGAAUGGAAUUCCUCUGCAUACUGGGUAUUGUACUGUCUCUUGUUUUCCUUGUGUCACAGAGAUGUAGAGACUGCUUGGGUUUUCUGACGCUGUGGUUUCUUUACUACUCUAUGUUGCCGGUGAGUUCAGCUAGAGUGAUAUUGAAAUAAUGAGAAAUCUAAAAACUUCAUAACCACUGUUGGAAUAAAAUCCUACAUUUGACAGAUGUUUUGUCAAAUGCCCAUUAGUUUCUAACAAGGUUGCCCAGUCUUUCCUCAUUUCAACUUUGUGUCAUUAAUCUUAAUUUGUGAUUAUACUUACAGUGCAAGUAGAUCUGCCUAUAAUUUUUAAAAAUGUUACAAUAAUUAUUGUUUAUCAGUUUCCCUAUAAAAGCUGACAUAAUAAGGCACGUUUGAAGAAUCAGUUACAUUUUAAUUCAUACGGGAACUUUCAAUAAGUAUUUGAAAUUAUACGAAACAUAACAGUAGUUACAAGUAAGCUGUUUUGUAAUUUUAUAUAAAUCACUGGUGAGUAAGAUUUUCAAGUUAUUUAGUGCAUCCUCUGUAGAACUUUUAAAGAUGUUAUUUUCAUAUAAUUCAUUUCUAUAUUUUUGUCAGGUUGGCCAGAUUUUCAUACGCUAUCAGUGGUAAGUUGAAGCGAAUUUACAUGAUGGUCAUGUUGGAAUUUAUUUAUAGUAUAGUACUGAUGGUAGGGAAGGUGCGUAAGAAAUAUAAGACGCGAUGCACACGAGGGAGUACGACACGCGUGAGGAGAGAAGGAUAGUCUUCCUGCAAGGCCUUUAAGUUUUUUCCGCUCCCUAGGGUGGAAAAUUUCCGUUGGCUUAAUUCCAGCCUUCCGAGGAAAAAAAUCUUGUCGCUUUACAAGAUUAACCUGACGUACAUUCUUCUCUCUCGCGGUUAGUGUCCUUGCUCUUUAAUUUUACGCCUUUUUUUUUUUUCAUGUACCUGCCAUGCAGGUAUGCAGGGAGCUUACAUAGAAGGCCCUUGAAAGUAAUGGGCACAGGAAAGAAGCCUGCAAGUUAUAACCUGUGUAUUAGGUGCUUGGGAAGUAAUUAUGUGAUAAAAGAGGGGGCGCUCAACGGAGACACGCCCACGUCCUUCGCGUGCCCGGUUUUUUAUCGCAUGUUACUCCCAAGCGCCUGCUACACAGGUUAUACCUUGCAGGCUAAUUGUUUGCCAGAUUAAUCAUCUUCAAGUUGUUAUUUCAUUUUUUGUGUUACAUCAGGGAUGCACUAUUAUGGGAAAGUGGUUUUCUAGCAUUCCUGAUUGCUCCGUGGAAUAUUUCUUUCACUCCGUGGAAAUUAGGAAAAUGCUUCUUCCUGAAGAUGAGGCGUGUCAGGUACAUAAUAGGAAAUGAAUAAAUAAAUAAAUAAAUAACGAUAAAAAAAGCAAACAAUCACUGACCACUACGUCACUACUGCACUGUAACAGACUGAGCGCAAGACAAAGGACUCUUCCACGAAUUCCAAGUGAUUUUGAUUUGUUUAAUGCUAAUAUUUGUUUUUAUUUUUAUUUUCACAGGAAUAUUUCUAGACACCAUGACAGUAUAAUGCUAUGGCUUGUGAAGUGGCUGUUGUUCCGGCUCAUGUUUGCCUCCGGUGUUGUCAAAUUAACCUACAUGGAUAAAACUUGGUGGAAUCUUACUGCUCUAAACUGGCAUUAUGAAUCACAGGUCAGGUGGAAAAGAAAGUACAGUACAUGGCGAGUUGAGUGCCUGCGUAACUAGUGGUUUUGUCUGGCGGGCGCGCAAAUAAGCGGCGAAGCUGCGAAAGCGCGCGAACGAACAGUGGGUUUUUCCAGCCCAGUCCCUAGGCGUUCUCUCUUGAUCCCGUGACGUCACAGCUCAUGGUAGGGUCCAGGAAUGACCGAGCCGAAAACGCCUGGGGACUAGGCUGGGGUUUUUCAUUUUCGUUCCUAUGAGCGCUUUCCAUUCAACCGAAACGUCCGGUUUGAAUUUUCGGCAACUAGCAGGCGCAAAUGCAACAGCACUUUUUUAAAUUUCCAAAAACAGGACAACCUUGCAAGGUAUGCCCAAAUUUUCGAAAAAAAUUUCCCGCAAGUUUUCUUUCUUUUCAACUUGCUUCCGGAAAAGCUAGAACUUUCGGUUAAAUGGUUCGCAUUUAGGAAAUUCAACAGUUUCCAGAAUUUCUGGAAACUUUUCCGGGAAAUUUCUGUACCAUUUUCCGCCGUUUCCAAGUUUUCGAAAAGUUUUGGUUUCAUGGAAAGCGCCCUAUGUCGCCUUGUAGGUAUCACAACAACGUCAAAUGAUCAAAAAGAAGGUUCCUUUUUCUGUCACAGAGAGUUCAUGAUGUUUUUUUCUAUCUGAAUGUGUAAAAAAAGUCAACGCAUGAAAGAAUUAGCUACGUAUGGUAAAGUUAACAAUGAAGAAGAAUUGCAGAUUAAUAUAAAAGAGCAAUUCUUCUUUCCGAUUCAGUUGAAUUAACAUAUAUUUCAGAAACAACAGCAGACUGCAAGCAUGAAUCUCUUUUAUUGUUGAACCUCUUUGCGGUCGUUAUAGAAGUAUGAUGAAGGAAAUUGCAGCCCGAUAUAGGUGUCUGAUUGUGGACCAGCCAUGUCGCUCCCGUCGCGUAUUUGUUUCAAGAUAAAUGUUUCUGUUUAAUAUUAUGCUUAUUUAUUAGGAACCUCUAUUGAGCGGCCAACCACCAUUAAGUGGCGACUUGUCGGUAGAGGUUCAGCUUUAUUUGUUAUUUGUUAUCAUUGCUGUUUCAGUGUAUCCCUACACCUGUGGCCUGGUAUUUUCAGAAGCUUCCCUCUUCCUUUCAUCGACUCAGCGUUGUUUUCACGUAAGUAGGAAAACGAAAUGGUAAAUAGAAAGUUACUGUUGCUACUGCGCUUUGUUUCCAUUUAUUUAAUUUAGUGUUAAACGUGCGGUAUAUGAAGAUCAUGCACUACGAAAAACAUUUCCUGCCGGUUAUUUAAGCGAAGUGAGACUAGAUGUACGUUGAGCGAGACCUCGUUCGAAACCAAUUUUUGGGAACUUAUGCAGCGACGCGACGAUUAUGAAACGUAAAAAGGCAGAAGUUGUUACAAGUAAUUGACAAAUCCCAUAAUUUCGCUUCUACCAUACUUUUUGUUACAAAUUUUGUUGUAGUCGCUGCACGACUAUUAGUAUGUGUAAUCAAAUGUUGACCAGUGAAAUUAGGGAGUAAUUUCACGCGCGUUUUGUCCAAAUCCUAAUAAUUUCCCUCGCCUAAACUCGCGUGAAAUUACUCCCUAAUUUCACUAGUCAAAAUUUGAUUACACAUACUAAUUUCUCAAUUAAUGACGUUGGUGGACGUGAAAACACCUCAAAGAAUUUUUCUCCUCAAUCUUGGGUGCAGUGCCUAAGUGUUUACCUCUGGCAAAAUUCGCCUUCAAACAUUUGACAAGAUGAGCGAGUUAGAAUAAUCGCGAUGAAAUUUGGAAGAAUGCGAAUGUACGUGACUAUUUUCGUCGCCUUCGCCGUUGUGAAAGCUCAGUCCUACCCAUGCUAGGGACCAUUUGGAUUUUAUCGUCCAUGUUAACUACACAUUUUGAUAUAGGAUUAGUUGACAAUGAUCUUGAUGGGAAUAAAUAUGCAAAGCCACCAGCAGUGUUGGAGUGAAGAAUAAGGGUUAUUAGUAAAAUCCAGCUAGUGGUCUAUUAUCAAUGCUGCGUUCUGAUUGGUUGAGCUACUACUAGGCUAGACGUUAUAGCCCACUAGCAGCGAAAAGCGCCGGCUUUUUGGCGGCAAAAAGGAUUAAAGUCUAGCUUUAACUAGCUAAAAGUUUUUUAUUCUCGAUAUGUUUGACCAACUAGUUGGAUUUUGCUAAAACAAUUAUUCCUCGAGCCCGAAUGGCCUCUGAGUCAAUAGCCCAUUCGGAGUUCGGCCUCAUGGGCUAUUGACUCAGAACCCAUUCGGGCUCGAGGAAUAAUUGUUAAAGAAAUACCAAUAACUAUCGGUAAUGUGGUGCUGGCCGCAAUACCUUCAUUGCGGUAAUUUAGAUGAUUGUAUCACGUUGGUAUCGAUCAAGUGACACUAGCUCACGCUAACUGACUGGUCAUGCGCGUUUUUAACCGAAAAAACAACCUAACAGUUUUAACUAACCGUUAAGAAACGGUCUUCAUGCCCAGAUUUCACGUUUCUUCGUCAGAAAAUUAUAACGUCCAACACUGAACUCUGCUGCAAGGAAACGAACACUAUAAAUACGACACUUUCUUGAAGACGUAGUCUCCAUACAAAAUUCUCAGUUCUCUUUGGACAAUUUGAUUUCUUGUAGGCUUGCAAAUUUUCUCGAUGUUUGGUAAAAAAAAAAUCUAAUUUUGGUAUAUAGUGACGUUUGUAGUCCUCUUUGGCUCCAUUUUUGUGAGUAUUUUAUGGACACCUUGCCAGUUUGGACAGUCUUCAUUAUUCUCGUAGCAGAGUUCACUCCUCGGGAUAUAAGUAACUGACAACGAUUAAAGAAGACGUUUUGUUGCCUUUCGUUCUUUCGUUCUGCAGAUAUGUCAUAGAGAUCGGAAUCCCUUUCCUGGCGUUUUCUCCCGUAAGGAUUCUCCGUGUAUUUGCCUACUGUAGCGAGGUAAGAAAAGCUACAAAUCAAAUUUUUCUGCAUCAUCUCUUAUCUUUCCCCUUUCCGUGAUUUUUGGAUGUUAAAAGUUAGUUAGAUGUGAUCGUCCAGGUGAGUGAAGUUAAAGGGAUACCAGUGAUAGUCACAGAAGAAUAAAAACAAACAAACAAUCGAGGUUUAUUUAAGCACCCUAUGUUAUUAUUCAUGUCUUCCACAGAGUCGUCCUUCACUACCUACUAUAUAAGAAAUCUUAUAUGAGUAAAGAAUUGACAACUCAAUUAUUAAACUUAAGGAUCGGAUUUAAAAAUCAAACUGUGUGGAAGCUAUCGUCACUGUAAUUUGUAGCUAAGGGCCUUUCUUUCACUGUUUAACCCCUCUUUGUUUUUAUGACUUUUUCCCCAAUACGCAUGCGGAGCCUGGUGCCAGCUCUCUGAUUUGUGAUCUCGCCUCUCUAUUAGUCUCUUUUAAAAUAAAUCACUUGAGAGAAAAAGGUUUUAUUCCAGUGUCGUUUUUUAUCCAUAUUGAGUUUGUUUGCAACGUUGCUUACAACAGAGUUUCUUGUUAACGUAAUCUUACAAAUUUAAUCGCACACUUCCAAUAGUUGUAAGUAUUGAAAUUGUUGCAGAUAUUUCUACAGCUGUUGAUUCUUCUCACUGGUAACUACAAUUUCUUCAACCUACUGACCAUCGUUUUGUGCGUAUCAUUACUGGACGACAAGUGUAUCCUGUCCCGCAUACAAUGCUUUCUCUGUAAAAGAUGCGUUUGUUCUUGCUGCGUAAAGAGAUGCCAGCGUAAGUGGCCUAUCUGAUAAUCUUCCUCAUAGGUUCAUAUUACCCUUAACGUCGUGUCGAACGUGAAAGUUAACCCCUGCCUCUUCUCUUCCACUCAAAGUCCCGGCAGGGUAUUUAGGUUAUCAAGCACACAACGAUAAGAUGGGCUAGUUGAAGCAAAUACGGUGUACUAGCAGGGGUAUGAUUUUUCCAAAAAAAUGGUAUCUCGCUAAACUUUCGCAGGGUAGCCAGGUAGUCAUUUCGGAGGUUUCUUGUAUAUUAGCGCCGGCAUCAAAAACGGCUCAACACGAGCCUUACUGUACGCCUCGGUUUUGUAAUUGGUUAAAAAAUUCGCGCCAUUUUCUCAACUUAUCAAAAGCAAAUCCAUGACGUUGCAAAAAUAAAUUGGUGAAACUAUGGAAAAACGAGGAAAAAAUGUUCCGAACGCUAAAAAUGAGCCUGUUUAUUUGUACGGAGUCAUCAGAACAAGCCGGUGCUUAUAUCUCCUCACCAAUUUACACUAUAGGCUGAAUGUUUUGGCUAGUGGGCUUUUUUUUCUUUUAUUCUUUCUGAAUAUCCUAUCCAAUCCCAUAAUUUUAAGUCUAAGGAGGCUCAUUAAACAGACUAGCCGGCUUCGUAAAUAACUGCGCCUGAAAAAUAACUCGGUUUGUUUUAAACGUGAAUUUUCUGCUCUUUUUGGCCGUUGAAUUUUUUCCACCGGCAGCCAUCACUAGGUUACAUUCUUGUCAUUACAACCCUUCAACCCUCGCUAAAAAUAUUAAAAGGCUGACCAUCUGCAGGCCUCUCAGUUUGAUCGAAAGAUAAAAAAAAAGAGCUACGGCUGGUAGUAGCUACCUAUGGCUAAAAAACUAACAAGCGGUUAAUAAAUAGAGGGUACGAUUGUUUCCUUUUGUUACUUGCGUGAUCUUCCACAGAAUAACAAGGGGAAGUUAAGACAAUCUCUUAUCGAGAAAAGGAACCUCUCACUUAAAGAGGUACUUUUGCAGUGAGCUUGACAAAAGCCCACUUGUAAAAUGCCUGUAUCUUAAUAACAACUUAUUGUUUCUUUGUAUUAUGAAUUACGGGUAGGUAUUGAGGAAGAGAGAACUGACAAACAGAUACAAAAAGCAUCUUGCCCACCAGAGAGCGAAAGGCAAGGUAAGAAUUUAUGUUACAAAAAAGGCUGCCAGCUCAAAAGCAAGAAGUUUUGUACUAACUGAGCACACCGUUUUUGCAUCUCCCAAUGAAGACGCGAUUUACUUCAUCAUCCGAGCCCCGCGAAGGUCUAGCUUUUUGCAGGGCAGAGGCAGUACCUUCAUUCCUAAGUUAUUUUAAGACCCUGAGUAUUGGCCAGGUUCCGAGCCUCGAACCAGUGACCUCAGGUAUUACAGUCAAGCGAUCGCUACCUACUGUGUAAACUCUAACCUCGUUUUCAGUUCACGGAACGGAACAGUUGAUCAUUGCUUGCUAACAUUCUGAUCAUUUAGCAAAAGAGCCUCAUAAUCAUAAUCGUAUUAUGUUCGCUGACAAGAAUCAGCGAUAUACUAAACUUUCUUUUCGUUCAUUUUGGCAGAGGACGUUUCAACAACGUCGCAGUUAAUGGAACACGUGCUGAACUGGAUGAGCACGCAUUACGAAAAUUCCAAAUUCGCACAAGCCAAAGAAUUUCUACACAACCGAACUGUCUACAGGAUCAAGCUGGCAGGCAUCCUGUUAUCAACCCUUACCGUGCUGAUAACUAUGAUUGUCUGCACCGUCAAGUGGUUUAAUAUCAAGUUGACCAAAGAGGGAACAAUUCAUUGUGAAACAGGUAUUAACUGUACUGCAAAGUAACAGGACACUACAGCUUUCUUUUAUAUUCUUGAGCGAACAGGAGAAAGGAGGCUGUGCCUGAAUCGAGUCAGGCCUUUGAAGUCGCCACAGCCCAAACUUCUGGACUGAUCAAUCUUAUUUUCUCUCUCGUCAAACGAGUUCCCUUAUGCAAGCAUUCGUUUAUUGAUCACCGCGGAUGGUCAGAACUGAGUGCGCUGUACCAAGCGCACGGCUGUUAAGCCCAGGUUCGAAACUAUUUCCCAGCAACAAGCAGCACAUGCACAACGAUCUUAGAUCUCUUAGAUCAAGUGCUCCUUUUGUUGAAGGAGUUUAAAAAGUCAAGUGUAAGAGCGGAAGUUUCAUCCUUGGAGAGGCCUUUCUUAUGUUCGACUUUACAAAAUUAAUGUGGUGUUUUUGUGCAGAAGAGACAACAACGAGGUGUUAUCUAAUGAACUCCUUAAGAGAGUUGCCUGGCUUUUGGAGGUUAAAUAUUAUUUUGUGUUUGUUUGUGGUAAGGGACCAACUGAGUGAAUAGGGGUCUUAGAAGAGGUAUCUGCAUGUCAAUCUAUCUUCUAAUGAAAGAUAAAAAACGAUGAGAUUUAACACACUCAUUUCUUGUUUACUCGCUCACGUUCAUCGUUCUUACUCUUGAAUAUUCAAUAUUUAAUGGAUUUGAAUAUUCAUGAUCCCUCAUGAUGACGGGAUUAGUAUUAUACCGUAAAAUUCCGAAAAUAAGCCCUGGGGCUUAUGUUUUUCAAAGACCCUUUUUGUGGGGCUUAUUUUUGGAGGGGCUUAUAUUCGGAGGGGCUUAUCUAUGGAGGGAAAUUUGCGUUUCAAAAUUGAUUGGGCUAGCCUUAUAGUUGGAAGGAAAUUUAUAGUUUUUGCUUUGUUUUACUUUGUAUUUGAGGGCAAUUUCCAAGUACAAACCCCCGGGAGAGGGAGGGGGGCUUAUAUUUAGAGGGGCGAUUUAACGGAGGGUUUUUUGCGUUACGAGUUUGGGGGGCUUAUAUUUGGAAGGGCUUAUACAUAGAGGGGCUUAUUUUCUGAAUUUUACGGUAUUAUAAAAGACCACGUUAGUUAAUAAAAAGCUGGAGGGCAAGUCGCCCCUCCCACCCACCCCCUCCUGUUCUGCUGUCUUAUGAGCAACCCGCCCUACUCCUUUGUCGUUGUUUUCGAGAGGGAGGGGCUACCCAUACCAUAUUGCUAACAAGGCAGCAGGAGGGAUAUUGAACUGUUUUCGCUGCAUGACAACCUUCAGACGACGCGUCUCUCAUCUGCUAUUUAUCAUGUCUUUUUUUCCACAGCAUUUUCUCCUGAACAACUUUUAAACGCAGUUCAACUGGCCACUCAGUUUGCAAUAUGGAUGGGGUUUCUGUCUCUUCUGGUUGAAAUACUUGGUGCAUUGACCAGGUAAAUCCCGUCUCAUUUUGGUACGGUGUUUCCGAAACCUGUCACACUUAUUAGCGCGGUUGAUUCCUGAAUGGAGGUAGCCUGCGAGCAAGCUCACCAAUUAUGCACCAAUUAUGGCGAGCCAAACGAGCUGCGAGAGAUCCCGCUGGCGAGCGGCGAAGUGAGCUUGCUCGCAGCCUAGAAUGGAGGGAAACCUAAACGGGGCAAACAUUGAUGUGAUCAUCACCUGAAAUUUAAGCCAAUAAGUCUGAAAAGUGGAAAAAUUUGAAUCGCUAUAACUGCUUUCGUUUUCUGGUUGUCGGCGAUUCAGAUUAGUAAACAAAAAGUGUGACCAUUUAAAAGAACAAUGUUUCAGCUUUUCCUAUGUGUUUUGUUUUAAACUUUUUUAAAAAGUUUUUCCCCUCUAUUUUCUAUUUUCGCUGGUUAUUAAGUGAUUGCUGUUUUGUAGGUGUUUGUUGGAACAAUGUUGUACACGUUCAAAGUUGUGCCAGCUGUCUCAAUGGGUUGGUUUCUUGAUCGUCGCUUUGUUGAUGUUUGCUGUUAGUUUGGUAAGUAAGGGUAUAACAACUAAAUACCUGCUUAGCUUCAUGCUUCGUUAUAUUAUUGCUAUAUCAGAGAUUAUUUUGGGCUAUGCUACAUUGUUUCUGAUCACUGAUUACGAGAAAUAAAGAAAAAAACAUCAGAGAGUUUGUUUAAAACAUGGAUUUUGGACGCAAAAGUGGGCAACAAUCGGUAGACAAUUUGACCAAUGAGAGUAGAUAUGUAACUAAAUGCUUAGUUUUUGCAGAUACCUCAAGCUUUCUACUUCGUACAUUUAAAAAGAACUCGCAGUUCAACUUUCCCUCUAUAUUUAUCCAGAAAAAGACUGAUUCUUACGGUGUGGUAAUGAAUGGUAAAACUUUCCUCUACGUUUAUUGACUGCGUGAAAAAUCCUUUGUUUUUAAAACCUCAACUACAGUGAUCACAUUCAACAGUUCCAUGCACUAAUAACAUUACAUUGAGGUUUGAUGUAUUUAAGGCGCUUACUGUAAAAAAUUUUCUCAUUGCAAAUGUAGUACUCCUUUACAGCGGUCGACCGCGUUGUUCAGCGGAGCCUUCCUAAGCUGUUUGUUAAUCUGUAUGGCAACACUGCCUACUUAGAGCUCACGAAUGCAUACGGACUGUUCAGAAGGUGUGUACUUAGAUUACAGUUAAGCCUACUAUGUAUCCAGUGGUCCCACCCAGCCUGUGUAGCAGACGCUAAAUGUGAAUGGAAAGGGGAAGAAAAGAGCGAAAUGUGAAAGGAAAGGAAUUCCCUUUCCUUCUCGUCUCAUUCCACUCUCCCUUUUUCCCUUACUCCCACUUGGAUCAAGCUGGCAGGCAUCCUGUUAUCAACCCUUACCGUGCUGAUAACUAUGAUUGUCUGCACCGUCAAGUGGUUUAAUAUCAAGUUGACCAAAGAGGGAACAAUUCAUUGUGAAACAGGUAUUAACUGUACUGCAAAGUAACAGGACACUACAGCUUUCUUUUAUAUUCUUGAGCGAACAGGAGAAAGGAGGCUGUGCCUGAAUCGAGUCAGGCCUUUGAAGUCGCCACAGCCCAAACUUCUGGACUGAUCAAUCUUAUUUUCUCUCUCGUCAAACGAGUUCCCUUAUGCAAGCAUUCGUUUAUUGAUCACCGCGGAUGGUCAGAACUGAGUGCGCUGUACCAAGCGCACGGCUGUUAAGCCCAGGUUCGAAACUAUUUCCCAGCAACAAGCAGCACAUGCACAACGAUCUUAGAUCUCUUAGAUCAAGUGCUCCUUUUGUUGAAGGAGUUUAAAAAGUCAAGUGUAAGAGCGGAAGUUUCAUCCUUGGAGAGGCCUUUCUUAUGUUCGACUUUACAAAAUUAAUGUGGUGUUUUUGUGCAGAAGAGACAACAACGAGGUGUUAUCUAAUGAACUCCUUAAGAGAGUUGCCUGGCUUUUGGAGGUUAAAUAUUAUUUUGUGUUUGUUUGUGGUAAGGGACCAACUGAGUGAAUAGGGGUCUUAGAAGAGGUAUCUGCAUGUCAAUCUAUCUUCUAAUGAAAGAUAAAAAACGAUGAGAUUUAACACACUCAUUUCUUGUUUACUCGCUCACGUUCAUCGUUCUUACUCUUGAAUAUUCAAUAUUUAAUGGAUUUGAAUAUUCAUGAUCCCUCAUGAUGACGGGAUUAGUAUUAUACCGUAAAAUUCCGAAAAUAAGCCCUGGGGCUUAUGUUUUUCAAAGACCCUUUUUGUGGGGCUUAUUUUUGGAGGGGCUUAUAUUCGGAGGGGCUUAUCUAUGGAGGGAAAUUUGCGUUUCAAAAUUGAUUGGGCUAGCCUUAUAGUUGGAAGGAAAUUUAUAGUUUUUGCUUUGUUUUACUUUGUAUUUGAGGGCAAUUUCCAAGUACAAACCCCCGGGAGAGGGAGGGGGGCUUAUAUUUAGAGGGGCGAUUUAACGGAGGGUUUUUUGCGUUACGAGUUUGGGGGGCUUAUAUUUGGAAGGGCUUAUACAUAGAGGGGCUUAUUUUCUGAAUUUUACGGUAUUAUAAAAGACCACGUUAGUUAAUAAAAAGCUGGAGGGCAAGUCGCCCCUCCCACCCACCCCCUCCUGUUCUGCUGUCUUAUGAGCAACCCGCCCUACUCCUUUGUCGUUGUUUUCGAGAGGGAGGGGCUACCCAUACCAUAUUGCUAACAAGGCAGCAGGAGGGAUAUUGAACUGUUUUCGCUGCAUGACAACCUUCAGACGACGCGUCUCUCAUCUGCUAUUUAUCAUGUCUUUUUUUCCACAGCAUUUUCUCCUGAACAACUUUUAAACGCAGUUCAACUGGCCACUCAGUUUGCAAUAUGGAUGGGGUUUCUGUCUCUUCUGGUUGAAAUACUUGGUGCAUUGACCAGGUAAAUCCCGUCUCAUUUUGGUACGGUGUUUCCGAAACCUGUCACACUUAUUAGCGCGGUUGAUUCCUGAAUGGAGGUAGCCUGCGAGCAAGCUCACCAAUUAUGCACCAAUUAUGGCGAGCCAAACGAGCUGCGAGAGAUCCCGCUGGCGAGCGGCGAAGUGAGCUUGCUCGCAGCCUAGAAUGGAGGGAAACCUAAACGGGGCAAACAUUGAUGUGAUCAUCACCUGAAAUUUAAGCCAAUAAGUCUGAAAAGUGGAAAAAUUUGAAUCGCUAUAACUGCUUUCGUUUUCUGGUUGUCGGCGAUUCAGAUUAGUAAACAAAAAGUGUGACCAUUUAAAAGAACAAUGUUUCAGCUUUUCCUAUGUGUUUUGUUUUAAACUUUUUUAAAAAGUUUUUCCCCUCUAUUUUCUAUUUUCGCUGGUUAUUAAGUGAUUGCUGUUUUGUAGGUGUUUGUUGGAACAAUGUUGUACACGUUCAAAGUUGUGCCAGCUGUCUCAAUGGGUUGGUUUCUUGAUCGUCGCUUUGUUGAUGUUUGCUGUUAGUUUGGUAAGUAAGGGUAUAACAACUAAAUACCUGCUUAGCUUCAUGCUUCGUUAUAUUAUUGCUAUAUCAGAGAUUAUUUUGGGCUAUGCUACAUUGUUUCUGAUCACUGAUUACGAGAAAUAAAGAAAAAAACAUCAGAGAGUUUGUUUAAAACAUGGAUUUUGGACGCAAAAGUGGGCAACAAUCGGUAGACAAUUUGACCAAUGAGAGUAGAUAUGUAACUAAAUGCUUAGUUUUUGCAGAUACCUCAAGCUUUCUACUUCGUACAUUUAAAAAGAACUCGCAGUUCAACUUUCCCUCUAUAUUUAUCCAGAAAAAGACUGAUUCUUACGGUGUGGUAAUGAAUGGUAAAACUUUCCUCUACGUUUAUUGACUGCGUGAAAAAUCCUUUGUUUUUAAAACCUCAACUACAGUGAUCACAUUCAACAGUUCCAUGCACUAAUAACAUUACAUUGAGGUUUGAUGUAUUUAAGGCGCUUACUGUAAAAAAUUUUCUCAUUGCAAAUGUAGUACUCCUUUACAGCGGUCGACCGCGUUGUUCAGCGGAGCCUUCCUAAGCUGUUUGUUAAUCUGUAUGGCAACACUGCCUACUUAGAGCUCACGAAUGCAUACGGACUGUUCAGAAGGUGUGUACUUAGAUUACAGUUAAGCCUACUAUGUAUCCAGUGGUCCCACCCAGCCUGUGUAGCAGACGCUAAAUGUGAAUGGAAAGGGGAAGAAAAGAGCGAAAUGUGAAAGGAAAGGAAUUCCCUUUCCUUCUCGUCUCAUUCCACUCUCCCUUUUUCCCUUACUCCCACUCCUCCUCUUUCAAUAGGGAGCUUUAGCAACGACGACGGCGAUGGCAACCAGGACGUCAAAAAAGCAAUAGGUUUAUUACGCAAAACAACAACUUUGCACGUGCAUCACGCUUUUUUGUACAUUUCUUCACCGUCCUUGCACGACUACGACGUGAAAAUGCCUAAUUGCAAGUUUUAUGGAGGACGUAAACAAGCGACGACGAAUCUCUUUUUCUCUCUCUAAACUUGAGUGCGGUCGUCAAGAAAUCAACGCCAGGGAAAUUCGCCUGCACUUGCCAUUUUCAGCAAAUUGGAAUAAACGCGACAAAGAUUGAAAAAACGGGAAUUCAUUUUAAAACUGACGUUUUCGCUGCCGUUGCCGUCGUCAAUGCUAAAGCUCCCUAAUGCCUCCCAUGCAGAGAAGUCCCAGCAAGCUUAUUCGGAGGCUCUCCUCAUCUACCUUAGAAGUAAGACUGACGCAAGAAGUCAAGAGAAUCCAGAGAAGUGCUGUCCUCCCCAUCGUUUAGAUCCAUUAACAGCAGCAGGAGGGACACUCAAAAAGGUCACAGUGUCCUAGUUAAUUGAACGACCAACGGGUUAAUCUCUUUUUAUGAUUUAACUAUGUUUCAACGAUAUUUCAGCAAUGAGAGCAAACGAUUCCCAACAAAUUUCCCAGCAGUGAAUAGGCACUAAAUUCCAGGCAUGCGCAGUUGCAAAUUUAUUGGUAACUAUGUGUGAUUACUGUUUUAGUAUGACUGGUGUUGGUGGGCGACCGGAAAUUAUAAUCAUAGGAAGCAAUUCAAUGGAGGGACCCUGGGAGGUAAGAUACAGGCCAGGUGACAUUAUUGCAUUCGGCGAAAUACUUAGCCUGAUAAAACAGCCAACAUUUUGCGACGCUACCAUUGGUUUCUCCUGACCCUAAGGUCUGAGAAAAGAGGGCAAAAACUCCGUACUGAAGACGCGCCACAACCCAGAUCUGAGUAGUGUUUCUGAUUGGUUGAGCCGUGUGGGAAAUUUGCUUUAACCAAUCAGAAGAACUACCUAAAUCUGGGAAACGACGCGUCAUCAGUAUGGAAUUUCUGCUCUCGUUUCUCAGACGUUAUUUCACGACGGAACCAGUGGUGGCGUCGCGAAAUGUCGGCUGUUUUAUCAGGCUACGUAAUACACCACACACCAUAGAAUCACCGCCAUACAGUACAUAGUCAGAUAGGAAGAGAAACGUCCGAAUGAAAAAACGCGUUGAGUUACCACAAAGUUAAAGGGGUUAUGUCACGUUAUUUGUAAUCGUUUUUAAAAACCUUUCUCGCAUCAGUUUAAUUUGCAAAAUAAUGGUAUAAUUUUGUUAUUUAAGACUUUAUUUUGCCAUUGAAACUGUUUCCUGUCGUCUUUUGCAACGGAUGGCAAGGACGGAAAUGGAUUGCAACGUGAAAAAAUUGGGCCAACCUUUUCAAGUUUUAAUACAAUGCCUGCAAAACUAACCGGGAAAAUUAUUGCAGUUACUGCCCCUCGCCCACUUAUGAAAUUUGUUUGGUAUCUACUUUAUAACUCUACACGGGCAUUUUGUGUAUGGGUUAAGUUACUAAGUAAUGACUUGAGCACAAAAUUGUCCUAAAACGGUAAUAUCGUGACAUACAUAGAUUCUUUAAGACAGAAAGUGACAAGAGAAGAGAAGUCCAAGUAAAUAUAAGUAAUUUACCGUUCUAAGUCAUUUUAUUUCAUGUGGCAGGAAUACAUCUUUCUUUAUAAGCCUGGGAAUAUUUAUCAGCCACCGCCCUUUGUUGGUGAGUAUUACUACAAGAUGUUUACUUUUAUAAGCAAGCUUUGCUGUCAUGUGGAUCAACGUAAACUAAAGCAGCCAUAAUCCAGAGCUUUCAGACAUCAACGAAGGUAAAUAGCAAGGCCGAGAAUGAAAAUGAAUGGAAUUAUGUUUUCUCACGCUUGGUGACAAUGAAGGUUUCCAGUUUUUUCUUUGUUUGACGUCCUUUUUAUCUGUUUCCUGAAUUUCACGCUAGUGAUAAGUUUUUCCGAGUCUAAAUAUCUUGACAUAAGCUACCAUGCUUUUUGUCCUUUCAUAAUUUCUCGUGCUUUGCACUGGCGCUAUGUCUUGAGUUAUCUGAGAUUCUAAUUACAAUAUUAGAUUUCCUGUGAUGAAUACUAGUUACCCAUUUCCUUCUGUGUGGUUACUAGUUCAUGUUCUUCGAUCCCUCGAUGUUUAUCGUACAACGCAUACAUCGCAUCCAUCUGCUUCCUCCAAUCCUCGUAUUGACCUGCUCCUGGCGUGGUUACAUACUUUAACGCACUGGUCAACACUUACUUGUGCCCCUCACUGUUAGAUAUUUCCUGCGCUUCUGUUGGGUGUGUCAGUGGUUAAUUUAUGACGUUUGAGCCUCGUUUUGAGUAUUUCCGUGGAAUCCUGAUUGAGUAUUUUUAUGAAUCUAUAUUUGCAAAUUUUGGUUUAUUUAUGUUCUAUUUCAGCGCCUCAUCAGCCUCGCUUGGACUGGCAAUUAUGGUUCGCUGCUUUGGAAUCCUACACUGAAAAUCCUUGGUUUCUAAGUUUCAUCCAUAAGUUGUUGUUAGGAAAACAAGACGUAUUACAGCUCAUGGGUAAAGUUCCUUUCAACAGGUCCCCUCCUCAGUUUAUCCGUGCUCAGCUGUAUAUGUAUCAUUACACACAAAAUACUUCCAGCAUAUGGCAAGUACUUCUACAUCCUAGGUAAGGUGCCGCAAUGCAAUUAUCUGAAAUAGCGCUCUAUUUACAUAAGUGACUAUCAGGUUAUAUUUUUUGGUUUGAUUGUUACAACAAUCGCAAGCGCGCUUUUUUUUCUUUUCUUUAAGGUGGCCCGAACCUGUUUAAAUGCGUGUAGGUUAUGUUUUUGAUUCGCGUUUUUUAGAAUGAACGAGUCAACCGAUUUCUAUGAUUUUUUGCAUCCUUAAUAAAUAAUGAUGGAACUUUAAGAAAAUGUUAUUUAUUUUUUUGAAGGUUUAAACAUUUUUGAGAUAACGGCAUAUAUUUAAAACCUCAUUUAUGGAAACAGAUUCGAAAUUCCCUGGCAUAUUUUUCCCUAACUUCAGCAAAUAAGCCUCAGACCUCUCUAGUUUUAUAUCUGCAAGUUUGAAGGCAAUCGCUCCACAAAAUGUUGGACAAAUUUAAUGUUAAAAUGAUAGGCCAACACAUUUGUGAACGUAAACGCACAAAUGGCGGAGGAGAGCUGACAAACUACCUCUCAUCUGAAACGUUGUUCUUACCCAAAGCAUUGUUGGAAGAAAUUGAGUAAUCAGACAACUACGGCGAACACAGUAAGCGCUUCAAUACAACCAAUUUUGUGCUACGUGCGCGCUGAAAUUAAAUAUAUUCUAUUUAUCUAACUUACGCUGCAUUUGUCCGUUCAUAUUCGACAAAAAUAUUAAGAAAAAAAUACAGCACCUGCAGAAACCUCUUGGCAGUUUGUUUUAGCUCCAAAGGCUCUCGUUCUGCGGCGAAAUAAACCCACUAUAGUUCGAGAACACCUAGCCGUCCAAUUUUCAACUGCAAUGAAAACCCUCGCGCACGAUAAUACAUUCAAGAUCUCUGGUUUUCCUAUCACAUGCUCACGGGCAGCAUGCCACUUGAGAAUAAUAAUUAUUAUUCACAUAUGGAAGGAAAUCGCCAAGGAAAUCUAUUUCCUAUCAAAUUGGUAAUUUGUGGCAUGAUUUGCCCCUGUUUUGUUAGAGACACGUUAUAAAUCUUUUCCCAUGAUUAUAUCAGCCAUUAUAUAACAAAACCUUUUUUGUUAAUGAUAUAUGAAAUAAAUCAUAUAUGAACUGCGGAAAUGAAAUGAAAAUGAAGAAAUGAUCGUCGCAAUGAACGCAAUUUAUGCAAUUGCGUAAAGAAGCCUAAAAAAAAAUUCAGGACUUCAACGGGGUUUGCACCCGUGACCUCGCGAUUACCGGUGCGAUGCUCUACCAACUGAGCUAUGAAGCCACUGACGUUGGGAGCAGGUCAAUAGACCUUUUUACCGAUACGGCGGCCAUAUUGAAUUAAUUCAGUUUAAGGAGUAUUAUAGGAUGCCCAGGGGGCAUGAGCACAUUUCGUUUGUAUUUUCGAGCGCUUUUCGGGACAUUUUUUCGUAAAGUUUUCUUAGAAUAAGGUUGUAAUGGGAAAAAAGAUCCUUUUGCCGUGUUUGGAUGUAAUAAUUAUCGCCUUUUGCUAGUUUAGUAUUAGAAAUAUGGUCUUUCACUGUAUAUUUCUCGGGAAAAAGGCGAUCAUUAUUACAUCCAAACGCGGCACAAGGAUCUUUUUUCCCAUUAGAAUCUUAUUCUAAGAAAACUUAAAGAAAAAAUGUCCCGAAAAGCGCUCAGAAAUACAAGCGAAAUGUGCUCAUGCCCCCUGGGCAUCCUAUAAUACUCCUUAAAUCAAAUUAAUUCAAUAUGGCCGCCGUAUCGGUAAAAAGGUCUAUUGUGAACUAGAUUUCUGGACGGAUUUUAAUGAUUGUUGGCACAGGCUACAUUUUCGCGGUAUAAGCUGGCGUGCGAAAAGUAGCCUCUGCCGACAAUCGUUAAAAUCCGUCCAGAACUCUAGACGAAUAGAUUAAAAAAUCGGGUUUUUCAAACCUAAGAGCGCGCUUAUCAUGGGCGUAACAAUCAAAACUAAGAGCGCGCUUAUCACUGGCGUUACAAUUAAAACUAAGAGCGCGGUUAUCACUGGCUUAACAAUCAAUACUAAGAGCGUGCUUAUCACCGGCAUAACAAUCAAAACUAAGAGCGUGCUUAUCACUGGCAUGACAGGCAAAACUAAGAUCGCCCUUAUCACGGGCGUAACAAUCAAGACUAAGAGUGCGCUUAUCGCUGGCAUAACAAUCAAAACUAAGAGCGUGCUUAUCACUGGCAUAACAAUCAAAACUAAGAGCGCUCUUAUUACUGGCGUAAGAAUCAAAACUAAGAGCCCCCUAUUCACUGGCUUAACAAUCAAAAAUAAGAGCGUGCUUAUCACUGGCAUAACAAUGAAAACUAAGAGCGCGCUUAUCACUGGCGUAACCAUCAAAAGUCAGAGCGUGUUUAUCACACGUGUAACAAUCAAUACUAAAAGCGAGCUUAUCGUUGGCAUAACAAUGAAAUUUAAUAGCGCGCUUCUCACUAGUAUAUUUAGGAAAACUAAUAGCGUGCUUAUCACGGGUGUAACAAUCUAAACUAAGAGCGCGGUUAUCACUGGCAUUACAAUCAAAACCAAGAGCAUGCUUAUCACACGCGUAACAAUCAAAACUAAGAGUGUGCUUAUCACAGGCAUAUUCAUGAAAACUAAGAGCGUGCUUAUAACGGUCGUAACAAUCAAAACUAAGAGCGCGCUUAUCACUGGCGUAACAAUCAAAACUAAGAGCGCACUUAUCACUUGCAGUCAAAACUAAGAGCGCGCGUAUCACUGGCGUAACAAUCAAAACUAAUAUCGCGCCUAUCACCGGCGUAACAAUCAAAACUAAGAGCGCACUUAUCACUAGCAUAACAAUCAAAACUAAGAGCGCACUUAUCACCGGCGUAACAAUCAAAACUAAGAGCGCACUUAUCGCUGGCAUAACAAUCAAAACUAAGAGCGUGCUUAUCACCGGCAUAAGAAUCAAAACUAAGAGGGCGCUUAUCACUGGCGUAACAAUUAAAACUAAGAGACUGCUUAUCUCGCGCGUAACAAUCAAAACUAAGAUCGCGCUUAUCACCGGCGUAAGAAUCAAAACUAAGAGCGUGCGUAUCACUGGCGUAACAAUUAAAACUAUAAGCCUGCUAUAGAGCGCGCAUUGUUAGUUUUCAUUCUUGCGCGCAUAGUGACCGCAUUGUUAAUUUUGAUUCUCGCGCCAAUAGUGACCGCAUUGUUAGUUUUGUUUCUAGCGGCUUAUCACCGGCGUAACAAUCAAAAGUAAGAACGCGCGUAUCACUGGCGUAACAAUUAAAACUAAGAGCGCGGUUAUCACCGCCGUAACAAUCAAAACUAAGAUCGCGCUUAUCACCGGCGUAACAAUCAAAAGUAAGAGCGCACUUAUCACUUGCAUAACAAUAAAAACUAAGAGCUUGCUUCUCACCGUUGUAACAAUCAAAACUAAGAGCGCACUUAUCACCGGCGUAACAAUCAAAACUAAGAGCGCACUUAUCACUGGCAUAACAAUCAAAACUAAGAGCGUGCUUAUCACUGGCAUAACAAUCAAAACUAAGAGCGUGCUUAUCACCGGCAUAACAAUCAAAACUAAGAGGGCGCUUAUCACUGGCGUAACAAUUAAAACUAAGAGACUGCUUAUCUCGCGCGUCACAAUGAAAACUAAGAUCGCGCUUAUCACCGGCGUAACAAUCAAAACUAAGAGCGCGCGUAUCACUGGCGUAACAAUUAAAACUAGGAGCCUGCUUAUCUCGCGCGUAACAAUCAAAAGUAAGAACGCGCGUAUCACUGGCGUAACAAUCAAAACUAAGAUCGAACUUAUCACCGGCAUAACAAUCAAAACUAAGAUUGUGCUUAUCACCGGCAUAACAAUCAAAACUAAGAGCGCGCUUAUCAAUGGCGUAACAAUUAAAACUAAGAGCGCGCGUAUCACUUGCGUAACAAUCAAAACAAAGAUCGCGCUUAUCACCGGCGUAACAAUCAAAACUAAGAUCGCGCUUAUCCCCGGUGUAACAAUCAAAAGUGAGAGCGCGCUUAUCACUUGCAUAACAAUAAAAACUAAGAGCUUGCUUCUCACCGUUGUAACAAUCAAAACUAAGAGCACACUUAUCACCGGCGUAACAAUCAAAACUAAGAGCGCGCUUAUCACUGGCAUAACAAUCAAAACUAAGAACGCGCUUAGAGCGGUUUUCAUUUGAGUGUCGAAAAGUAAUUGGUUUUGCACUUUCUACACGAUGCGAUUGGCUUAAAAGAUUCGCGCCACCUUUUCAUCCAAUCAGAAGUAAAACCAAAGCCAAUUGUGACGCGCUCGCGUGCAUUUUCCCGCGCUUUGCGUCAGCCACAUGUAAUUACUUCGAGUUUUGAUUGGUUCAAUGUAUUGUCUGUGUCCUAUGUGAUUGGCCAGAGUAAUUACUUUGGUUUUGGUUUUACGACACUCAAACGAAAACCACUCUAUUACUGGCGUAACAAUCAAAACUAAGAGCGCACUUAUCACUGGCAUAACAAUAAAAACUAAGAGCGUGCUUAUCACUGGCAUAACAAUCAAAACUAAGAGCGCACUUAUCACUGGCAUAACAAUCAAAACUAAGAGCGCGCUUAUCACUGGCGAAACAAUUAAAACUAAGAGCCUGCUUAUUUCGCGCGUAACAAUCAAAACUAAGAGCGCGUGUAUCACUGGCUUAACAAUCAAAACUAAGAUCGCGCUUAUCACCGGCGUAACAAUCAAAACUAAGAGCUCGCGUAUCACUGCCGUAACAGUUAAAACUAAGAGCCUGCUUAUCUCGUGCGUAACAAUCAAAACUAAGAGCCUGCGUAUCACUGGCUUAACAAUCAAAACUAAGAUCGCGCUUAUCACCGGCGUAACAAUCAAAACUAAGAGCUCGCGUAUCACUGCCGUAACAGUUAAAACUAAGAACCUGCUUAUCUCGUGCGUAACAAUCAAAACUAAGAGCGCGCGUAUCACUGGCGUAACAAUCAAAACUGAGAUCGCGCUUAUCACCGGCGUAACAAUAGAAACUAAUAUCGCACUUAGCACUGGCAUAACAAUGAAAACUAAGAGCGUGCUUCUCACCGUUGUAACAAUCAAAACUAAGAGCGCACUUAUCACCGGCGUAACAAUCAAAACUAAGAGCGCACUUAUCAUUGGCAUAACAAUCAAAACUAACAGCCUGCUUCUCACCGGCGUAACAAUAAAAAAUAAGAGCGCACUUAUCACUGGCAUAACAAUCAAAACUAACAGCGUGCUUAUUACUGCCAUAACAAUCAAAACUAAGAGCGUGCUAUCACCGGCAUAACAAUCAAAACUAAGAGCGCGCUUAUCACUGGCGUAACAAUUAAAACUAAGAUCGAACUUAUCACCGGCAUAACAAUCAAAACUAAGAGCGUGCUUAUCACUGGCGUAACAAUCAAAACAAAGAUCGCGCUUAUCACCGGCGUAACAAUCAAAACUAAGAGCGCACUUAUCACUGGCAUAACAAUCAAAACUAAGAGCGUGCUUCUCACCGGCGUAACAAUCAAAACUAAGAGCACGCUUAUCACUGGCGUAACAAUAAAAACUAAGAGCUCGCUUAUCUCUAGCAUAACAAUCAAAGCUACCAGCGCGCUUAUUGCUGGCAUAACAAUCAAAACUAAGAGCGGGCUUAUCCCUGGCAUAACAAUCAAACCUAAUAGCGCACUUAUCACAGGCGUAACAAUCAAAACUACGACCGCAAUUAUCACUGGCGUUACAAUUAAAACUAAGAGCGCGCUUAUCACUCGCGUAACAAUAAAAAAAUAAGAGCGCACUUAUCACUGGCAUAACAAUCAAAACUAACAGCGUGCUUAUCACUGCCAUAACAAUCAAAACUAAGAGCGUGCUUAUCACCGGCAUAACAAUCAAAACUAAGAUCGCGCUUAUCACUGGCAUAACAAUCAAAACUAAGGUCGUGCUUAUCACGGGCGUAACAAUUAAAACUAAGAGCGUGCUUAUCUCGCGCGUAACAAUCAAAACUAAGGUCGGCCUUAUCAGUGGCAUAACAAUCAAAAGUAAGUGCCCGCCUGUCACUGGCGUAACAAUCAAAAGUAAGAGCGUGUUUAUCACACGCGUAAGAAUCAAUACUAAAAGCAAGCUUAUCGUUGGCAUAACAAUCAAAACUAAGAUCGCGCUUAUCACUGCCGUAACAAUCAAAACAAAGAUCGCGCUUAUCACCGGCGUAACAAUCAAAACUAAGAUCGUGCUUAUCACUGGCAUAACAAUCAAAACUAAGAGCGCGCUUAUCACUGGCGUAUCAAUCAAACCUAAGAGCGCGCAUAUCACUGGCAUAACAGUCAAAGCUAAGAGCGUGCUUAUCACUGGCGUAACAAUCAAAACUAAGAGUGCGCUUAUCACUGGCAUAACAAUCAAAACUAAGAGCGCUUAUCACUGGCGUAACAAUCAAACCUAAGAGCGCGCUUGUCAUGGACGUAAGAAUAAAAACUAAGAGCUCGCUUAUCUCUGCCUUAACAAUCAAAGCUAACAGUGCGCUUGUCAUUAACGCCUAUCACUAGCAUAAUGAAUCAAAAGUAAGUGCCCGCUUGUCAUUGCCGUAACAAUCAAAGCUAAGAGCGCGCUUAUCACUGCCGUAACAAUCAAAACUAAGGGCCCGCUUGUCACUGGCGUAAAAAUUAAACCUAAGAGCGCGCUUUUCACUGGCAUAACAAUCAAAACUGAAAGCGCGAUUAUCACCGGCAUAACAGUCUGAAGCUAAGAGCGUUCUUAUGACUGGCAUAACAAUGAAAACUAAGAGCGCGCUUGUUACAGGCGUAAACAAUCAAAACUAAGAGCGCGCUUAUGGUUGUUAUUGUUGUUUUUGUUUAAUAUAUAUUGCUACGCCAGUUGUAAGCGCAAUCUUUUCUUUCUGUAUUAACUGUUACGCCAACGAUAAGAGCAAUUGUUUUCGAUCGUUACCCCUGUGGUAAUUGCGCUCUUUUUUUUCUGUUUGGUUGUUAGUUACUUUUGGGCAAGCACCCUCUUUGUUUUCUGGUUUGCUUGUUACUGUAGUGGCAAGAUCACUCUUUGUUUUCUGGUUUGCCUUUUACUCUAGUAGCAAGCUCGCUCUUUGUAUCUGGUUGGAUUGUUACUGUAGGCGCUUGGCAUAGACGCAUCAUGUUGUUCUGGUUUGAAGACUACGUUAGUGGUCUACGCGUUCUGUUUUUUUUUCGGUGUUAGGAAUCUUUUGACUGGUUUGAAAUUUCAGCAGUGUUAAAUUGUCACCGUUAAUGACAAGCGCGCUCUUUAAAGUGUUCACUUAAGUAUUAAGUUGCUAAAGAGUGCUCACUAUAUUUUGUGGGUUUGUUUUGUGUCUUGCUUGAUAGAUACUUUUGGUAAAGAGUGUGCUCUUUGUUUAUCAGUCUUUGACUUUGUUUGUUGUAGUUGUUGUUGUCAUUGUUACGUAAAUGACAACAAUGUUUUUGUGUUUUGCUACCGUAGAUGUGAGCAAUGGAAACUUAAAAGUAACUAAAUUGAAAAUUGAAAAAAAAGAGGAUAUUGUUCUUUUUUUUGGGGGGGGGGGGUAUUGUUGACUCGAGACAGGUGAAGGUGAAAAUUAGGGAAUCUUCGUUCGAUCAAAAGCAGCAAAGUUGUUUAAGUAUAAGCUAGUAUAGAAAUUAACUAUAAUUUCUUUAACUGCUUAUAUUAUCAGCAGCACUGAGAAAGCUUGGUGGAGGCGCGAGUUUGUCAAGGAAUAUUUGCCAUUUGUCGUCAGUAACAGUUCGUUAUCAGAACUGGAAGCUCUCCUGGAAAAAUACAGAGUUUACAGGGUGAGUUUUUUUUUUUGCCUUGUAGUCUUGAUUUUAUUUUAAUAUCCCUACAGACAAUGGCAAGUACGAAAUACCGUCAUACGGAGAACUAUGCAUGCUGUGAUUGUUUUAAAAUGCAACAGUGACAUUCUUUUUACCUUUUUUUCUUUCAUUUCUUUGCUCUCGAAGGGCUAAAAUGAGCAAAGCCAACUUUAACCUGCCGUAUUCAAGACAAUAAAAGCAGCUUUUAUUUCGCAAAGGCUAUGGUACUGAAUUCAUAGAAGCCGUAUUUAUUCUGCUUUUUUUAGCGAAACUUCGUGCCAGAGGUAACAUGGGGCUUUCUUCAUCCACUCAUCCGAGACUUAAGAGAAGGACACAGACGCGUAUCACCCACCACUCUGAUCAAUGUCUUGCUCUUUACAGUAGUCACGUGUCUUGUUUUCAAGGCUUGGUGGAGGAAGACUGGUAAAACGUUUUGGUAAGACUUUUUCCUACUAACACAACUGUUUGCUUUGCAAAAAAGUGCACUUUAAAGAAUACUCUUUCACGCAGACUCGACAUCAAGAUUUUUUUUUUUCUUUUUUUAUUUUUUCCACGAGUAUCUUAUAAAAUAAGCGUAAGAUGAGGUUAACUGAGUCUUGGCUCAAGAUGGCGUUUAAAAUUAGCUCCGUCCCUUUGAAGUUUUUGUUUAAGUUAUUCCCGUUUAAUACAAGUUUUCCUUUGUUCAGUCGUUAUACCUACUUCACGAAAGUAGUGCUUAUACCCCUGCCUCCACGAAGCUAAUGUUUUUCGUUUUUGUUUUUACUUUAGCUCCUUUUCUUUGAUUAGAGCUCAGAACAAAAGUGAGCCGCCGGUGAAAGCCGCUGAUUUACCGAAACAAAGAGAUAAGGAAAAUCACGUGACAAGAGUCUCAUGGACUUGUGGGAAAUGUCUUGAUUGCUCUAGUCUCGUGCAAAAAUUCCGUACGAUUCACAGAAGUAUACGAAAGAGAAUAGCGCUUUGGUGUGAGGUUAUAAAUAGUAAAUUCCAAGAAAUUUUACAAAGAUGUAAAACACUGUUGAAGAGCAAGUGGCCUUUAGGCAAGGUAUACGAUGGUUGA